AAAUCUAAUGUGGCUAACUUCUCGGACCAUCCAAUUUAAUGAAGUCCGAAAACGAAUUAUUCUUAAAAUACCGCAAAUGUUUUUGAUUAGAUCCAAUAAUUAAAUUACAAAAUACUUGUGUGACUCAUUUUGAUUGACAGACAACUUCAAAAAAGAUAACCUCUCCAUAGAUGAAGACUGUCAGUUUUGUUGAUGUUUACUUGUUUAUUUUUGUAGUGAAAUGGCGUCAACUCAAAGGGCGUUUGCACAAAAACUAUCAAAACAACAAGCUGCUGAAGUGCGCCGAAAUGUGUCUUGUACAAAAAGUGGUCUUGUAUCUCCUUCGCCCUCGGGAUGGAUAAAUGAAAUAGUUGAGCCAUUAGAAUUUGAAGAUUUCUUGCAAAGUUAUCAAAACCUAAUAGAUAGGGAUCCGUUAAGAGCUAUCUUAGAUAUACCACAAGGAGAUGUAGAGGUUGAAAUCAUUGAGAGACCAAUAAGAACAAUUCGUCCAAUUUUACCAGAAGAAAAACUAGAUACAUUGCCUCCUCAUAUCCAGACCUGCAUAGAAUGUUACAAGUCCUUCUGGAAAAUUGUUCGUUAUAAUAACAGAUCAUAUAGUAGUAGCAUCUCCAGCAGAUCGAAUCUUUGUAAAGAACUACCUCCUGCACCUAAACAAGAAUUUGAAGUAGACUUUCAGGCUCCUCCUUCUGAAGCAAGCAGUGAACUAGAUUUAACAUCACAUAGCAGCGGCAGGCAAAGUGUAGUUUCCAUUGCUUCUGUAUCAUCAUGUGGAGAUACACUAACUCCUCGAAACUCUUGGGCUUCUUUAGAUCUCAGGCACUCUGCUGGGGAUCCUCUAAUCCCCGAGAUUUUAGAACAUGCUAUUCCAGAAGCUUUGGACCAGUUAAAUGAAAGCAGAAGGCAAAUAGAUAGACAAGAUGCUCUAUUCACUUUGACCAGUUCAGAACCAGCCUUUGAAAUUGAGCCUGUCGAAAAACGAUUGCCUGCGGUACCACCUUAUGAACAUAUGGGACAUCGAGUUUUAGUUAAGUGUCAACAACUAACCAUGGAAAUUGAAGUAGAACCACUCUUUGCAUCCAUGGCAUUAUACGAUUGCAAAGAACGCAAAAAGGUAUCUGAAACGUUUUAUUAUGAUUUGAAUCCGGAAGGACUGAAAAGAAUGCUAGGAGGUCACGUGCCUUAUUCUGAUACCAGCACCUUAGCAAGAGGCUGUAUUUUUAAUAUUUCUCAUCCGAGUCCUGAUCUGUUUAUAGUAAUUCGACUGGAGAAAGUCCUACAGGGUGAUAUAAGUGAAUGUGUUGAACCAUAUCUUAAAGAAGAUAAGAAUCGAGAUAAACUUAAAUCAGUUGCAGUUUCAGUGUGCGAGCGAUUAGGAAAGUACAGACAAGCAUUUGCUUGGACUGCUAUCAAUUUAGUAAACGUUAUCAAUGGAGGUAAUUCUUUAGAGAGGGACUCAGACAGAGAUUCCAUGGGAGGGGGAUCUUCAAAUACUAAUAGUUUAGACCGAAAAUCAUCAGCAGGUGGUUUGGAGCAAUUGAGACGCCGAGCAACUGAUAUGAGUACCUUAACGCGAAGAGGUUCGUUAGAGAGACAGAAUAAGAGACGAUCAUGGUCGCCUCAUCAUUUAGCCAAUAGCAUCGAUUCGUUCAGACCUAUUACCUUGACGAUGUCAUCGUUUUUUAAACAAGAAAGUGAUAGGCUUAAAGAUGAGGAUUUGUAUAAAAGUUUGCAGGAAUUGAAGAAACCUACUUUGGUGUUGAAAAAGUUGAAGUGUAUACCGGCUACCUUAAAGUUAGAGAUAUCCCCGUGUCCUGUAGAAAUAAGAAACUCUUUAACACCGGAAUUAGCAAAACUUCGUCCAUAUCCUGACGAAAAGAGCAGACCUAUAAAAGAACUACUGGAAUUUCCGAUAAAGGAGUUGCUUGUCCCUUACUACACGUACAGAAAUCUCUUAUUCGUGUCUCCUAAAGAUCUUAACUUCUCAAACAGAACCGGUUCUGCGAGGAAUCUAGCAGUUCGCAUCCAGUUAAUGGCAGGAGAAGAAGAAAAGAAUGCUUUAUUUAGCAUAUUCGGGAAAUCCAGCUGUCCCGAGAUGACGAACGAAGCAUAUUCUUGUGUUACAUAUCAUUGUAAAAAUCCUGCUUUUUAUGACGAAAUCAAAAUCAAGCUGCCAGCUGCAUUAGCCGAUAAUCAUCAUCUAUUGUUUACUUUUUAUCACAUAUCCUGUCAGAAGAAGUUGGAACAAAAUACCGUUGAUAGUCCGGUCGGAUAUACGUGGUUGCCUCUGUUGAGAGACGGUCGAUUAAUAUCAGGAGAGUUCUGUUUACCAGUAAUGUUAGAACCUCCACCGAGAAACUACAGUUACAUUCCUCCCGACGUGUGUCUACCCGGCACAAAGUGGCUGGACAGCCAUAAGGGUUUGUUUACGGUUACUUUGGACACUGCUUCUUCAGUACAUACCCACGAUCCACCGAUCGAAAGAUUUUUUGCCGCAUAUGAUUUUGUUCAUACUGGAAUCAUUCCGCAAAGGUUGGGAGAAGUUGGAUCGGAAAAUGAGUUAAGAGCUGCCAUGUUAGGAUUGUCAGGAGCGAAGCCCGAAACGAUUGUCAAAUACCUGCCAAUAAUUGUUGAUAAUAUUAUUGAACUAUUAGUACAGCCUCCUCGUCUUUCUGGACACACAUUGAAUGUUGGACAUACUUGCUUUGAAGCCAUUUGUUCUUUACUGGAUAAAAUUUCGAAUGUCCAAGAAUUGCCAGUCGAUCAACACGGCCGUAAUCAACUACUAGCAACAUAUAUUCAAUACCAAUGUAAUAUGCCGCAUCCUCUCUACAAUCAAAACUCUCCAGAUUACGAAAACAGUUUUUCCAUGACUCGAAGUACAUCAAAUCCGGAUUUGGAAGUAGCUCAUGUUCAAUAUUCUAGAGGGCUAGACAGAGCAGCUAGUAUGAGAGUACCUACUAACGAGCUUUUGAGUCCAAAUUCCAGUUCAUGCCAAAGAAUUGUCCAUCAAGAAUUGGCGUUACAAUGGGUCGUGUCUAGUGGAAGGUCCAAAGAUUUGGCCAUGCAAAAUGCUUGGUUUUUGUUUGAACUAGUUAUUAAAAGUAUGGUUGAACAUUUAGCGCACACGAGAUCUCUUGACGCACCAAGAAAGAUACGAUUUUCCGAGCAAUUCUUAGAUGACAUAUCUACUUUAGUGCACACAGUAACGGCAGAAAUAAUCUCACAUUCAACAAGUGAAAUGCGUAAAGCGCACAAACUAAACGCUGCUUUAGCUUUCUUCUUCUUUGACCUCUUGUCAAUAGCCGAUCGCGGCUGGAUUUUCCAGUUGUUACGAUCAUACAACAAGCAACUUCAGGCGAAAAUAGCAUCGAUUCAAGACUCAGUGCUGGUGGAAUUAAAACUUGAGUUCGCUCGUAUUAUUUGCAGCCACGAACAUUAUAUAGCUCUCAAUCUACCGUUCGCUUCUCCAUUUAUGUCGACGGACACUAACGUGUCACCAUCACCUAGUGUUACAAGUUCCACCAGCCAAAAUUCUUUUUUGUCGGGUGCACCACCUAGUCAAGAGAGAGCUAGUACAUUUGCGGAACUGUCGUUUGAAUAUAGACAGCAUCAUUUCUUAUCUGGUAUUGUAUUGGCUGAUUUAGCAACAGUUCUUCUAGAAAUGCAUCAAUCGUCUUUACACACAAAAGCAGUGGACACAUUAAAACAGCUACUCUUGUGGCACGAUAGCGAUCCACGUUACAGUUCUUCUGACGCCAGACAAAGAGUAGCGGCCUUAUACUUACCUUUAUUAUCCAUAGCCAUGGAUGUUCUUCCAUUGUUACAUCACUUUACAGUUGAUAAGACACAAUUUGCAAACGAAGACGUAGGUCCUAGUAAUAUAAAUCAGACCGUAGCUAUGGCCAUUGCCGGAAAGUUAUCUCCCAGUACAUGUGAUAGUUUCCCCUCAUUACAAACGAGAAAACUGGGCCUUUCUGGAGAAGUUACUCGAAACAUCCUUACGUGCGUUUUAUGGGUUUUAAAGAAUGUAGAAAGAGAUUCGUUGUCUCAAUGGUUAGGAGAGUUAUCUUCUUCUCGUCUAGCUACACUACUCCAUCUUCUAGACGCCUGCGCUAGCUGUUUCGAAUACAGGCCGAGAAGAAGAGCUCCACCACCUUCUGGAUACGCACAUGCACAAAACACUCAAGAUAUGCGAUCCAGGUUGGAAGAUGUAAUACUGGGACAAGGUUCGGCGAGAGAAAUGAUGCAGAGAAGAAAAGGAGGAGCAGCCCAAGCCUCAUCAGAAAAAGUUCGUUGGCGUAAAGAACAACUAUAUAGACCAACUUCUGAUCUCAACGAUCGUCCUAGAGAUGAUAUAUCUAAUGAAAUUCACUUAGAGGGACACCUGGCUACUGAAGCUUCAUUUAUCAUUUUGGAUACUUUAGAAAGGUGUGUAGCGACCAUUUCUCAGUGGGACUCUCAGCAGCAUUUGGUUGGACUAGCGUUGUCAGUGUUGUUACAUGCUUUGGGCAAAAACCAGAGUACUACAGUAUUGCCGCAUAUGUUUGCUUCUCAAAGAAGCUUGGUAUUUAAAUUUCAUAGUGCCUUAUUUGACGAAGAAAGUUCUCACUGCGCUGAUCUUUGUCUACUAUUAUUAAAACACUGCGGAUCUCAAAUAGCAUCCGUGCGGUCUCAAGCAGCGGCCUCAUUGUAUUUAUUGAUGAGACAAACAUUCCAAAUAGGAAACAAUUUUGCAAGAGUAAAAAUGCAAGUAACGAUGUCAUUGAGUAGCCUAGUAGGAACUUCCGCUUCAUUCAGUGACGAUUCAUUGCGAAGAUCUUUAAAAACAAUUUUAGAGUAUGGUGAACGAGAUAUCGAACUUCAAGAAACAACAUUCCCAGAGCAAGUACGAGAUUUAGUUUUCAAUUUACACAUGAUUCUUUCUGAUACAGUGAAAAUGAAGGAGUUCCAAGAAGAUCCUGAAAUGUUGCUUGAUUUGAUGUAUAGAAUCGCUAAAGGAUAUCAAAAUUCACCCGAUCUUAGACUAACGUGGUUAGCCAAUAUGGCACAGAAACACAUGGAACGAGGCAACCAUACUGAAGCUGGAAUGUGUUUGGUACAUUCCGCAGCAUUGGUGGCUGAGUAUUUGGCAAUGUUGGAACCCCUUCCCCAUCUUCCAGCAGGAGCAGCAGCUUUAGAAAGAGUUAGUCCUAAUGUUCUUAAAGAAAGUGCCGUAUCAGACGAUGUUUUGAGUCCAGAAAAAGAGGGAGGAUGUCUAGGUUCCCAUUUCACUGAAGCGGGAUUACUAGGUUUACUCGAACAAGCUGCUAGCAGUUUUAAUGUCGCAGCUAUGUACGAACCCAUGAACGAUAUAUACAGGGUAUUAAUACCAAUUGCCGAGCAUAAUAGAGACUUUAAAAAGUUGGCAAACAUUCAUGGUAAAUUGCACGAGGCAUAUACAAGAAUUGAUCAGUUGUCAGGUAAAAGAAUGUUUGGAACCUAUUUUCGAGUCGGAUUCUACGGAUCUAAGUUUGGUGAUCUAGACAGAGAGGAAUUUAUAUAUAAAGAACCAACAUUGACCAAGUUACCCGAAAUCUUUAGUAGGUUAGAGAAUUUCUACAGUGAACGAUUUGGUGCUGAUAAUGUAAUUAUAAUAAAAGAUUCAAAUAUAGUAGAUAUCAGUUCUUUGAAUCCGGAUAAAGCCUACAUUCAAAUAACGUACGUGGAGCCAUAUUUCGAACAAUAUGAACUGAGAUAUCGCCAGACACAUUUUGAUAAAAAUUUCAAUAUAAAACGAUUUGUGUACGCCACUCCUUUCACUAUGACGGGGAAAGCACACGGAGAGUUGAAGGAACAAUAUAAAAGAAAAACUAUACUUACCACUGCUGUCCACUUUCCUUACGUUAAGACAAGAAUACAGGUUGUUUCUAGAUCUCAGAUCACACUCACACCAAUUGAGGUUGCGAUUGAAGAUAUUCAGAAGAAGACAUUAGAAUUAGCACAUGCAACAAAUCAAGAACCUCCAGAUCCAAAAAUUCUCCAGAUGGUACUUCAGGGUUGUAUAGGAACGACUGUUAACCAGGGACCUCUUGAAAUGGCAACAACCUUCUUGCCCAGUGAUGGAAAAGCACUGACAAAACACCAGAAUAAGUUGAGAUUGUGUUUUAAAGAUUUUUCCAAAAAGUGUCAUGACGCAUUGAAAAAGAAUAAGAAUUUAAUUGGACCAGACCAAAGAGACUACCAAAAAGAAUUAGAUAGGAAUUAUAAAAGAUUUAUAGAGAAACUACAGCCAUUGGUCAAUCCGCAAAAUAUAACAAUAAUUAACAGCAGCCCCAAUAGAUAUCCUCACGCUGAAAAUUCACCUUUAAGAUGGUAAAGGAUCAAAACACACAGGCAUAGUUUGAUUAUUUUGGCGCAUUUUAAUUCGAGUUUAUAUUCAUAAAGUGUUGAACAUAUAGUGGAUAUAAGCUACAGUUUUAAUAUUGGCAGGAAGAAUCUAUUAAAGCAUUUAUCCAAAAGAAAAAUAUUCAUUCCAGAGGUCCAUUCAAAGUUCAUUGUGACACGUGUUACGCACUAAGUAUUCGAUCUUACAUUUAGUUGAUUCUCAAAUUGUAUUUUUUAUACUUUGAAACUCUUUUAACAUCUGUUUUAGUAAAGAAUGAUUAAUUUUAGUCACUAAGAGCCGGGUUUUCAGUGAUGGGUUAACCUAUUUAUUUUUCGGUCACCGAAAUAUUUAUGGUUAAUCAGUUUUUCAGUACUAGGUUAGCGUUUAAACCCGUUUAAAUUGACCAAGAUUUUAACCGAUACCCAUUAGAUGGUUUAACUCCGAAUUUUUUGGUUACGCUUGCGCAUAGUUGCAGUGAAUGUCGAAUUUGUUUAUUUUGAGAAUUGCCUGACAGAAGAGAUUAGUUAGGUUAUGUUAUUUUGUUUUUAUCGCGGGAGAUAUUCUAUUUUUUACCCCGUUAUUAUAAAGAAAUUAUUACAUAUUAUUAUUAUAUCGUUAUUACAUAGAAAGGAAUUAUAAGGAAAUAUAUUAUUUAAAGAUAUCAUAACUGUAACAGGUAUGUUUAAUAAUAUUUUAAAAAGAUAAUUAUUAUACAAUAAUUGUCUCUAUAGCAAAAUAAUUAUUUACCAAACAGUUGAACUUCUUAUUUCCUGGUCAAUCUGUUCCUAAUAGCGAUACCACCGUGGUCUUUGACAAGCGAAAUCGACAAAAAAGUCUAAAUCGUCCAAGUAAUUGUAAAUAGUCUGUUCUGUUAUAAAACCGAGGAAGAUAUUAUGAAUAAAAUGAAGAUUUAAAUAAUUUUUUAAAUUUGUUUAUGAAAUUUUUUUUAUUAUUCUCUCAAAUUUAUGAUAAUUUCUCGAAUUGCACAUGCGCAAGUACAAUUACUGCAGCCAACAUAAGAAAAAAAGUGGUUAGCCAACCGAGAUUUUUUUAAUCUAUUUUAAAGCACUGAAAAACGCUAGGAGGGUUAAAAUAUUGGUUAAAAUUUAAACUAGGUUAGCUAACCAAAAUUUUAACCAAUCACUGAAAAACUGGGCCUAAGCUGCAAAGAAUUUUAUAGAAUCGAGAAAAUAGAAAUAACACAAGAAUAAAAAAAUAUGGUACUGAAACAUUUAUAAAAAAUAAUUCAAGGAAUAUAUCAACACCGUUGGCAAUGAUAAACUAAAAAGAGACGCAAGUUGGAAUACUUCGGUCACAUUAUGAGAAACCCUGAAAAAUAUGUUCUUUUACAUCUGAUCAUUCAGGGAAAGAUCCAGGGUAAACGUGGUGCUGAUAAUAGAAUAAGAUCAUGGCUGAAAAAUAAAAGGCAAUGGUAUGGAAAAUCGACUACAUUGUUAUUCAGAGCUGCUGUCAAUAAAGUCACUAUAGCGAAUAUGGUAGCCAACAUGAUAUUCGAUAGAUAUAGCCAACUUCGGUAGACAAAAUCGAAUUUUUCCUCAAUGCAAUCACGGUCGCAGCAUCGAAAUCUAUGCCUAUUAAGAAAUCUUUCACACCUUCUGUACCAAGACCUUAUUGGUGGGAUGAGGAAUGUUCUGCGAUUGUUAAAAAACGAAAAGAAGCUCUCAGCGAGUUUAAAAAACAAGGUAAUUUUAUCAAUUAUCUACAAUAUCAAGACAUUUCUGCUAAUGUCAAACGUACGUUCAAACUUAAACAAAAAAACAGUUGGAAAAUGUUUUUGAAUAAAUUAAAUAAAAACACUCCUCUGACUGAGAUAUGGAACACUGUAAGAUCUAUUUGCAAUAAACACCAUCAAAAAAGAAAACCACAAUUAGACGAAAGCCUUAUUCAAAAAGUUCUUGAUACAUUGGCUCCUUCAUCUGCUGCAGGUCCAAUUUUUAACGACAACAUUAAUCAAUUUCACUUCCAUCAAGACUCAGACACCUUCUCAAAAAAUUUUAGCUUUUCGGAAUUAGAAUUAGCCUUAAAAAAAUCAAAAAAUACUGCACCUGGACUUGACGGGUUUACUUAUACGAUAAUAAAUAAAUUGCCUGAAAGUGGUAAACUUCUUCUCUUAGAAAUUUUUAAUGAUUGGUGGUUGAAACAAAAGUAUUCAGAUAGUCUUAAAAAUAUAAUUGUGUGUCUUCUAGCGAAACCUAAGAAACCACCUGACUUACCUUCGUCCUACCGACCUAUUUCAUUGUUAUCGUGUAUUACAAAAACUUUCGAAAGGCUUAUAAAAUUUAGACUCGAACAUUUUGUCGAAAACAGAUCAAUUUUACCAAAAAAUCAGUAUGGAUUUCGUAGAGGUAUAGGCACAAUUGAUGCAAUCUCCCAUUUAGUUACAGAUGCUCAAUUGUGUCUAUCAAAAAAUAAUUACAUGUUGUGUCUUUUUGUGGACCUUAAAGGGGCUUAUGAUGUGGUAGAUUUGGAAAUAUUAUAUUCAAAAAUGGUAACGUUUGGCAUCAAUAAAAGAGUCUCUAUAAAUAUUUUAAAUUUGUUUGCUAAUAGAAAAGUAUUUUUGCGAGAUAGUCAUAACGUUUUACAUGGUCCAAGAGUACUUUACAACGGGCUUCCGCAAGGCUCUAUUUUAAGUCCCCUUUUGUUUAACUUUACACUGCAGACUUGCAUGAUUUGAUGAGCGAUGGCAUACAAAUUAUUCAAUACGCGGACGAUUUAUGCAUUUAUGUCACCCAUAAUACCUACGAUCGCUGCAUGAUAGACUUAAGACGUACUUUUGACAGGUUACAAAACUGGUUCGACGAUAUGGGUUUUAGUGUUUCACCAGAAAAGACAGCUGUGAUGUGUUUCACAAGGCACAGAUAUCAGUUAGUCGAUAAUUUCUCUAUAGGUAAAUACACUAUUCCUAUCGUAAAAGAAUAUAAAUAUUUAGGUAUAAUUAUAGAUAGUAAACUUCUAUGGACCAGUCACAUUAAGUAUGUCAAACAAAGAUGUGAAAAGGGAAUUAAUCUUCUGCGCUUCCUCUCCAAACAGAGCUGGGGCGCGGAUCAACAAAUUUCCUUAAUGUUCUACAAGUCUUAUAUUCGCUCGAUUUUGGAUUAUGGGUGUACUCUCUAUGGUUCUACCUCCAAUACGAACCAACUUACCCUUGAUCGAAUACAAUAUAGAGCUCUGAAAAUAUGUUUGGGAGCAAUGGCAUCUUCACCAAAUCAUGCCAUUCUGGCAGAGUCUCAAGAACUUCCUCUUAGUUUUCGAAGACAGUUUUUAGCAAAUAAAAGUCUAUUAAAAUAUAGAUGUUACAACAGUGAUUUGAUCGCAAAAAUUAACUUUCUUGUAAUUGAGAAUUUGACAAAUCAUUAUUGGAAAAAGAAAAACUCUCCUCCUUUGUCAGAUGCAUUUAUUGAUACAAACUUAUUUCAAAAUGAUAUUGUUAAACUUAAUAAAAUACCAUUGUAUGCACACAGUUUCGAUUCUAUAAUUGACAAACCUAUCACCAUAUUCCCUCGGUAUUCAGAUUGUAAUAUCUUAAACCAAGCCAUGAUAAAAUCCAUUGUAAAUGGUCUCGGGUCGAACUUAACUAAAAUAUAUACAGAUGGGUCAAAAACGGAGCUAAACACAGGUUCGGCAUUUUUUGUUUCAAACAUAAAUCAUAUUGAAAAGUACAGAAUCUCAAAUUAUUGUUCCAUUUUUACCGCCGAGUCCUUUGCUAUUGAAAAGGCACUAAAAUGGUGUGCAACUCAAACAUGCACGAAUGUGGCAAUAAUUUCAGACUCAAAAUCAGCAUUACAAGCUAUUAGCGGUCACCCAAUAAACCAAUUCCGAAAUGCCUUAAUUUUGAACAUUAAAAAAUUAAUUAUGGAUCUUAAACAAAAUAAUGUAUCUGUUUCGUUUAUUUGGACGAAAGGACAUUGCGGAGUCGAAGGUAAUGAAAUUGCGGAUAUAGCCGCAAAAAGUAGUCACAGUUGCCACCAUAUGGACAAAGUAUUUAAUUUAAAAGAUUUGAAUAAUGCUCUCCAACCUAAUAUCAGAAGGAAAUGGGAAACUGAUUACAAAAGAAUUGCAAAUAAAUCUACAAACCCUUAUUUCAAAAUUCACCCUACACUUCCAAAAGACAUUCCUCAUUUCACCUUUAAUUAUAAUAGAGCACAAAUGUCAGUAUUGACUCGUUUAAAAUUGAAUCAUGCUCGCUUUCCAUCUCACUUAUAUAAAAUUGGAAUACUUAACUCUCCUGUCUGUAGUUGUGACAAUGUAUCCAUUGGUGAUCUAAAUCAUAUAUUUCUAGAAUGUUCUCUGAACUCUCAAUCUUCUUCAAUUCUGUAUCAAGAACUAAUUCAUCACGAGUGUCCAUUGCCACUAAAUAUUGCAGCUCUCCUUUCUUCCCCAGAUAAAGCGGUACUAGAUUCCAUCAUUAAUUUUAUCAGAAAUUCAAAAAUAGCGGUAUAGUUUAGAAAUAGACAAUAUGAAAUCAUUUAAUGUAAUUAAGAAUUUACAUGUUUUGUGGCAAAUAGAUUUUGUCUGAUGCCAGGAUCUCUCACACACACACAACAUGAUAUUCAACGAUCGAUAACGGUUAUGGAACUAGAACUACAUGCGAGGAAAACUUGAGCAUAACUCAAGGAAUAUGGUGAAAACUCAAGGAUAUACAGGGUGAGUCACCACUAACGCGACGGAAGAUUACAGCGAAAUGGUAAAAGAUUUGAAAAAAAUUUUUAAUUAUUGGUUUGUAAGUUGAUAAAAUCUACAUUUUAAAAUUAUUUUUAAACAUACGUUUAUUGGUGUCCCAAUAAAUGGCGCCGUAUCAAAGUUAUAUUUUGUCUUAUGGAACACCCUGUAUUUUAUUGCAUUUUUUAAUUGUCCGCAAAAAAUAAGGUAUAGUUUCAUAAGGCUUCCCUAUACCUCUGUACAGAGUGUUCUGAGUUAUGGUGAAUUUUCUUAAAAUGUAAAGUUUUAAAAGAAGGCUUAUUCUCAAUUUAUUUAAGAAAUUAUAAAAAAAUACUUUUACAUCUAAAUAUUUGGAUAUUGGUUGAAUGUAUUUCAUGAUUAAUUGUUACACAUUUAUUUACAGAGUGUUCAAAAUUUACAGUUUUAUUAUUGGAUUAUUCAAUGUGUCAUAUGAUUCUUAUUUUAAAUGAAACACCAUGUAUAUUAAUAAAUAAUUAUAGUAAACAAAUCUACCUCUUUCGAAUGGUAUAUGGAUGUCCUAUACCUAGGUGUCAUAGUUUUUACGUAAUUUACAAUUAUGUAUUAAAAUUCUUAAUCUGUAAAUCGAUUUUAAAACAAAAGAUGUAGUUAAUUAAUGGCAUUGUAUGACAUUGUCAUUUUAUGACAGUACGGUCUGGUAAUUAUUUUAUAAUUAAUGUAUUCCAUGAUUGAUUAUUACACAUUUAUUUACAGGGUGCUCAAAAUUUACAGUUUCAUUAUUGGAUUAUUUAUGUUAAAAGUAUUUUAAUAAAUUAUUACUACUUACUAUUAUACUAAACACAGGUUCCUCUUUCGCAUGGUAUAGUAGGGAUGUUGUAGGUGUCAUAGUUUUUGCGUAAUUUACAAUUUUCUUAAACAGUAACUUGAUUUUAAAAAUAAUAUUUAUGCACUUUCGAUUUUUAAACUGUACAAAAUAAAUGUUUGUUUACUGUAUCAUAAUGAAAUGAAAAUUAUGUCUAUUUACUAGACCAUUAUUAUGAAAAGUAGGUAGAUUGGUCUGUAUACAAUACAUUUAAAAAAUCAGGAUCUGCUCCAGUCUAAAGUCCAUAAACGAUAAGUUAAAUAUUUAUCAUAAUCCUGUUCGGUCUAAUAUUGGUGUAGUUGAGUUUUAUAUGGAUAAUAGUGGUUUCUCUUAAGUAUUCUAACAGUCGUUUGACUGAUUUACCCGAAAUUUUUUCUUUACUAGUAUUUGGGUUUUCUGUAACAGAAAGCAGGACAUCAAGUUCCUUGACGUGAUCACAAAUAACUGGUUUAUUUUUAUUUAACUUUCCGAAAUUUCUCAAAAACGUCCUUUUUUGGGUGUCUUCUAUCAGGAUACCUACUUUUGAGCGUAAACUUUAAAAAGUAAGAUACAAUUUUGCAAACAUUUCCCAAUGCAAAGUACCAUGUCUACUCUCUCGUAGAUAACGUGGUUAUUAAUUUUUAGGAACAAUUAAAUUUGAAUAUCAUACAUGGAUGUUUAUAUUUUUGAUAAUUACCAGACCGUACUGUCAUAAAACGACGAUGUCAUACAAUGAGAUAGGUACAUCUUUUGUUUUAAAAUCGAUUUACAGAUUAAGAAUUUAAAUAAUUGUAAAUUACGCAAAAACUAUUAGACCUAGGUAUAGGACAUCCAUAUACCAUUCGAAAGAGGUGACUUUGUUUAAUAUAAUUAAUAAUUAAUAUACAUGAUGUUCUAUUUAAAAUAAGCAUCAUAUGACACAUUGAAUAAUCCAAUAAUGAAACUGUAAAUGUUGAACACCCUGUAAAUAAAUGUGUAAUAAUCAAUCAUGGAAUACAUUCAACCAAUAUCCAACUAUUUAGAUGUAAAAGUAUUUUUUUAUAAUUUCUUAAAUAACUUGAGAAUAAGCCUUCUUUUAAAACUUUACAUUUUAAGAAAAGUCAACAUAACUCAGAACACUCUGUACAUAGGUAUAGGGAAUCCUUAUGAAACUAUACCUUAUUUUUUGCGGACAAUUAAAAAAUGCAAUAAAAUACAGGGUGUUCCAUAAGAGUAAAUAUAACUUUUAUACGCCGCCAUUUAUUGGGGCACACUGUAUAUUUCAAAAUAAUUUUAAAAUGUAGAUUUUAUCAACUUACAAACCACUAAUUAAAAAUUUUUUCAAGUCUUUUACCAUUUCGCUGUAAUCUUCCGUCGCGUUAGUGGUGACUCACCCUGUAUAAUAUAAACUUAAUAUAGGAAACAAAUAAGAAAAAUUAAAAGUCUCGAAAAUGUAGUAGCCAGAGGCUCAAAAAGUUUUCACCGAGUGAAGACAUGUGAAUGUAACUUGAAUUGAUUUGUUUCCAUUUACUUUCACUUUCCAUCUGUUGAACCGUAUUUUUUUAUUUCUUGUUUUAUUUUGGGUGAACUGAAAGCUUUUAUUGGUCACUAGCCAUCACUAUCCAGGAAAUCUCUUAAGUUUUGGUUAGUAUUACCUAGUUGGUAUUUUUUUUAAAUUGUCAGAGAAGUAUUCAUCAAUGCUUUUUUGAUGCUUUUUCCUAUUGUUCCCCCCUAUUGUGGUCUUAAUUGGUGGGUUAUUUUCUCUAAGUCUUUUUAGAUGCUUUGUUGUCUUCCAUAUUGUGUGAUCACCUUUUGAUAAGGUAAUAAUAUAGGUUUCAAAUGUAGAAUUUUAUGCAUAAUGUAGGACUGAACGUAACUUUCUUUUUAGUCGGUUUUUUCGGCUUUGUCACUAAAAUUUCGACUUCUUUGCUAUCUACCUCUUGCUCUCCGUUUUUCAGCUAGUUGUUUGAUAUGGUUCGGAGUAUUGUUUUUCUUGUUUUCGAGUUACUGGUGGGGUAGCUCUAGAAGUAGCUUGUUGAAUUUGGCAGGUGAGGUUGUUUGUAGCUUUUUCUGUAUCACCUUAUUAUCUUUUUACCUAGUUUGUUAAACAGCUCUUCGCAUUAUUCAAUUAUGAUCGUGUAUCUAGGAGGGCUGUACAUUGCUACAAUAUCAAAGUCCGAAGGACGGGCACUGAUACUAAGUAUUGUUGCUUGUAUCUUAUCAAUUUUAUGUUCCGGAAUUUCGUGGCGUAUUAUAUUAGUCCGUAUAAUUAUAGUUGAUCCUCCAUGGACUACUGUAUAUGAAUGACUGGUGUAUUGAACAAGCUCAUAAACCUAUUCCAAUAUUUUUGGGAAGAUGCUUUAAUAUGAUUAUUUAACAAAAGCUGACAUACACUUUGUUGUAAACGUGUUUAAUCCAAUGCUUAUUUUUCGGAACAUAAAAACACCGAAAAGGAAAAAUAUUAAUUUCACGUCUUUAUUAUGCUUUUAAAAGUUCGUAGUAAUUAAAAUAACAAUGUUUAUAGUAUUUCUAUAAUAUUUCAUUCAUUUAAUUUAUUUAUCAUAUUUAUUGGAAUCUGCUUUAUUUAUCGUAUACAUAGCGGAUUUACAGUAUUAAGAUCCCAAUUUUCAAAACCAUAUUCAUUUAUUUAUAUGCAACAAUGUAUUCACCAAUGCUUUUAUUUUUUUUUUAUUUUUAUAGAGAUAUAUAACUAAAUAAAAUAUUUAUCAAA